AAUUAAAAUUGACAUUUCAGCGACUUCAGUGAAAGUCCUGAGUUAUAUUUAAUUAAUACAUUGAAAGAAAAUGUCUCUAGCUAAAUUAUUUUCGGUUUCAGCGCGAGUUCGCGCAGCCGGGACUAAUAGCUUGUUACUUCGUUGUGCUCAAUAUAGUUCGUCUAAUCAAGAUGGCAAAGGAGAAAAGUCUUAUCCGCCGAACAUGCCAGGAUAUAUGUAUGUCAAUCCUCAUGAUCCAGACAUGUCUGUCAAGGAAAUGUCUGACAGAGCUGCACAAACUGUCUUUUGGACAGAAUUGGCCCGCGGUAUGGCUGUUACUCUAGCCCAUUUAUUCAAGGAGCCUGCGACCAUCAACUAUCCAUUUGAAAAGGGGCCUUUGUCACCAAGAUUCCGCGGUGAACAUGCUCUCCGUCGGUACCCAUCUGGUGAGGAGAGAUGCAUUGCAUGCAAACUCUGUGAAGCCAUAUGUCCUGCUCAGGCCAUUACUAUAGAAGCUGAAGAACGUAAGGAUGGCUCACGACGAACAACUCGUUACGACAUUGAUAUGACUAAAUGCAUCUACUGCGGUUUCUGCCAGGAAGCAUGUCCCGUCGAUGCUAUAGUUGAAGGCCCCAACUUCGAGUACUCAACUGAAACUCAUGAGGAACUUCUCUAUAAUAAGGAGAAGUUGCUGUUGAACGGUGACAAGUGGGAGAGUGAGAUAGCAACCAACAUCAGAGCCGACCAUCUUUACCGUUAGAUUUCUGUUAGUGUAAAUAAUGUUUUAGGACCUAUUUUGGAACAGUUUUUACCCUUUUUUCUGCAGUGUCAUAGAGCUACUAUGCUAGAUUUUUUUUAAAUUAACUGUUUUAGUCAAUUUAUUUUCUUAAUUUGUAUAUAUUGUAAAAUUUCACAAUUUACUCUAAAAUAUUAUUUGAUAUAUCAUAUUGUCAAUUUAUUUUUACAUAUUUGCUCCAAGAUAAGUCCUGAAACUAGGUUGUAUAGAAUAAAUUAUUUUUAUUUGUUAUAAAUAAAAUAAACAUCUCAUUUAAAA